AUGCCUGACAAGGCCUCUCAUGACGCUGGCUCAGCGCCACACGGCGACACCAAAACACCAAUUGUCUCUGCAGACUCGAAGAAUGUCUUUCAAGAUACCAAGAAGCCCGAUGCCGAGCAAAAUUAUCCCGAUGACUCAAACCCGAAGGAACUGAAGCGGGCGUUGAAAAGCAGACAUUUGCAGAUGAUUGCAAUCGGUGGAACUAUCGGCACAGGUCUGUUCAUCUCCAGCGGCACCGCCAUCGCAACCUCCGGUCCAGCAGGCGCCUUGAUCGCCUAUAUCUUUGUCGGUUCAAUUGUCUACUCCGUCAUGGGCUCCCUGGGUGAGGUCGCAACUUAUAUUCCGAUCACUGGCGCCUUCACAUCGUAUGCCGCCCGGCUGAUCGACCCGAGUCUCGGCUUUUCCAUGGGCUGGAUCUAUUGGUUCAAUUGGGCCUCCACGUUUGCUGUCGAACUGACUGCCACCGGUACCAUCAUUCAGUAUUGGGAUCCUAGUCUGAACAUUGCCAUUUUUAUCGGAGUCUUCUGGGUGUUAAUCACGGCUAUGAACUUCUUGCCCGUCAAUUGUUACGGCGAGGUCGAGUUCUGGUUUUCAACGAUCAAAGUGGCCACUGUGAUUGGGUUCAUCAUCUUCGCUAUUUGCAUCGAUGCUGGGGUUGGUGAGAAGGGCUAUCUAGGCUUUCGCUACUGGCAUACGCCUGGGGCCUUUGCCACGUAUAGCCCCCAAUUGCCGGAAUCUAUUGGAAAAUUCGUUGGAUUCUGGGCUGUUCUUAUUCAAGCCGGAUUUUCCUACCAAGGUACGGAGCUUGUUGGUGUGGCAGCGGGAGAAACCGAGAAUCCACAGAAGACAGUUCCGUCUGCUAUCCGCAAGACCUUUGUUCGGAUCCUUCUAUUUUUCGUGUUAACCAUUUUCUUCAUUGGGCUUGUGGUUCCCUAUGAUAAUAGUCGUCUUGCAACUGCGGAAACGAAUGCAUCGUCUUCGCCUAUGGUGAUCGCGGCUGAUCUAGCAGGAGUGAAGGUGCUUCCAAGCUUGAUCAAUGCUGUCCUCUUGUCCGUGGUCUUAUCAGCCGCAAACUCCAAUGUCUAUAGUGGCAGUCGAAUCUUGACCGGAUUGGCAAAUGAAGGGUUCGCUCCGGCGUGCUUCGGCUGGGUGACCAAGCACGGCGUUCCCUAUAUCAGUGUGAUUUUCACCGCUCUGUUUGGUCUAUUGGGUUUCAUGAAUGUUUCCAAUGACGCUGGCCAAGUCUUCACUUGGCUCGUGAACCUUUCUAGCGUUGCGGGUUUCGUGACCUGGGCCUCAAUCAAUGCAUGUCAUAUUGCCUUUAUGCGUGCGUUGGCAUCCCGUGGGGUUUCUCGCGAUACCCUUCCAUACAAGGCUAUCUUGCAACCAUAUCUGGCUUGGUACGGUUUGUUCUUCAACAUCCUCAUUGCCCUCACUCAGGGCUUCACUUCGUUCAUACCGCACUUCCGAGUCUCAGACUUCUUCGUCGCCUACAUUUGUCCUAUCCUUUUCGUGGUCCUCUAUCUUGGACACAAGGUGAUUUACCGGACGUCAUUUGUGAGUUCAGCCAAUGCUGAUAUUGAUACUGGCCGCCUGCAUUAUGAAAAGGAGAAUGUCACUCCCAGGCCAUGGUAUUCAAAGGUCUGGGGCUGGGUCUCAAAGUGA